AACUAUGUCCCUCCUCCACCUGACGAUCGCAAGCGAAAGCGUAGAGAGGAACUCGCUUCUAUUCAUAACGAUCCAGCUGAGAAUGCUCAUUUAAUUUGUCCAACUGAAUAUGGACCGCAAGUCGCUAACUCUCUAAAAGAAAUUACAGAAAAGGAAGUUCCGUUUGAUUUAUAUGCAGGCCUGUUAGAAAAAAUCGUGGAAAUGGGAAUACCUGGUGCUGUACUUGUCUUUCUACCUGGAUGGAAUUUAAUAAGCAUGCUGCGAAAAUAUCUCCAGUCUCAUCCUCGUUUUGGUUCAUCUGAGUAUCUGAUUCUGCCAUUACAUUCAUUGGUUCCCAGAGAGGAUCAGCGUCUCGUUUUUCGUAUGCCUCCGCCAGGAGUCCGCAAAAUCGUACUCUCCACUAACAUAGCGGAAUCAUCAAUCACAAUUAAUGACGUUGUAUUUGUUAUUGAUUCAUGCCUAUCUAGAAUGAAACUUUUUACUACCCGCAACAAUAUGACAAAUUACUCUACGGACUGGGCCAGUCUCACUAACUUAGAGCAAAGAAGAGGUCGAGCUGGACGAGUGCGGGAGGGAUAUGCCUUCCAUCUAUGCUGCAAAAAUCGUCUUGAGAGACUAGAACAGCACGCGACUCCUGAAAUCCUCCGUACUCCUCUACACGAACUUGCCCUUCUGAUAAAGCUUCUUCGACUGGGUAGUGUUAACGAAUUUUUGAAGAAGGCUCUUCAGCCACCUCCUUUAGAUGCUAUUAUCGAAGCCGAAUUUGCGCUAAGAGGUAAAUUAGCAUAUUUUUAA